AUGGGCAGUGGAGCCAGUUCAGAGAGCAAGGACUCAGCCAGGAGAUCCAGAGAACUGGAAAAGAAACUCCAGGAAGAUGCAGCCAGGGAAGCCAGGACAGUCAAACUCCUACUGUUGGGUGCUGGAGAGUCAGGAAAGAGCACUAUUGUAAAGCAAAUGAAAAUCAUCCAUAAGGACGGUUUCACCUUGGAGGAGCGCAUGGAGUUCAGACCAAUCGUUUACAGCAACGCAGUGCAGUCUAUCCUGGCCAUUGUCAAAGCAAUGACUAAGUUAGGAAUCAGUUAUGAAAACCCUGGUAGAAUUGAAGAUGAAAGGAGGCUGUGUGCCAUGGCAACAGCUCUGGAGGAUGGCAGCAUGUCCCCGGAGCUGGUGGAGCUCAUCAAGCAGCUAUGGCGCGACGGCGGCACCCAGGCGUGCUUCGCCAGGGCGGCGGAGUACCAGCUCAGCGACUCGGCGGCAUAUUACCUCAAUGAUUUGGACAGGUUGGCAAUGCCAGACUAUGUCCCCACGGAGCAAGACGUCCUGCACUCCCGAGUGCAGACAACUGGGAUUAUAGAGACUCAGUUUUCUUUCAAGGAUUUAAACUUCAGGAUGUUCGAUGUGGGUGGACAGCGAUCAGAGAGGAAAAAGUGGAUUCACUGCUUUGAAGGAGUUACUUGCAUCAUAUUCUGUGCUGCACUCAGUGCCUAUGACAUGGUUCUGGUGGAAGAUAAAGAAGUGAACAGAAUGCAUGAAAGCCUUCAUCUAUUCAACAGCAUCUGCAACCAUAAGUGCUUUGCAGCCACUUCUAUUGUGCUGUUCCUAAAUAAAAAAGACCUCUUUCAAGAGAAAAUAACAAAAGUUCACCUGAAUAUCUGCUUUCCUGAGUAUGAUGGAGAAAAUACAUUUGAAGAUGCUGCAAACUACAUCAAGAAACAAUUUCUAGACUUGAACAUAAGGAAAGAAGAUAAGGAGGUAUAUUGUCACUUGACCUGUGCCACAGACACUCAGAAUGUCAAAUUUGUUUUUGAUGCAGUCACAGACAUAAUAAUCAAAGAGAAUCUGAAAGACUGUGGGCUUUUCUAA